GGAGAGCCAGGAAACGAAAAGGUGCCUUUGGGAACAGAGCAGAGCUCCAGGAAGCGGUUCUUCGCCUUCUGGAUCACCAUCAGAACCUGAAUGACCUCCUCCUGGAGGUGGAAGAUUCAGUCAAGCCAGCUGGACAGGAUGGUGCAGAGCACCAGGAAGUAUCGUCAGAAUCGUUUAUAGUCUCUGUUCUGCAGGAACAGGCCUCAAGACUGGGUGUACCCACAGCAAUCUUGGCAGCCAAAAAUGCUGUUACCAACAUCGAGCGGAUCUGCCAGGUUUCUGCAAACCCCACCCAAGUCCCACUGCUGAGCCCGGACCAAAGAAAGAGGUUGUCUUGUUUGCUCCAAACGGUGAAGGAUUUGCUGGCGCACAAUGUGUUCUGUCGCUCGCUCUUCUGUCAAGAUAUGUGGAAAAUGAAGGACCCUCCAGUGCUGGAAGCUGUGUGGCACCUGCACAGAGGCGACAUCGUGGGACUGGGAGAGCUGCUGGAGAGCAAUCUGGCCGUCCCUGCUGCGGUGGAGUGGCUGUGCAGCAGCCUCUGCGGCCUCUGCGAGCAGGCUGAGGAGUCCCCCGGGGACGCGGAGCUGGCUGGGCGCAUCCUCUCAGACUUUGCGAUCGUGUUUCUUCAGAACGGCUUUCAGCAAACUUCCGAGCUGGAGAGGAAGCUCGAAUUCAAGAAAGUCCCCCAUAUCUGCCAUGCCGUCUUACAAAGAAUGCUGACAUGGGUGCUUGACGCUGUUGGUAAAGAGAGGGAGGAAGAUGUUUCCACGUUGCAAGCUAUGAGGUUCUGGCUGAACGUGUUCAGUGUGUCGGUUUAUAACAGUGCGGUUCAUCCGGAUUCCUUGCAGCAGUUUUUCAGACACACCCUGACCGAAGUUCUUACCUACAGCCCAUUGCUGAAAGUGUCUGACGCCAUCCAUAUGCAGAAAGAGUGGAGCUUUACGAGAACUUGUUCGCUACUCACUACCUUGUAUCGCAAACUGUUCGUGGCCCUGGGUGCGAAGGAGUCAAUCAGCCAGCUGCAGCAGGUGCUGGAGAGUCGGGAGGUGAACUGGCAGCAUGUCCUGUCCUGCGUGUCCACGCUGGCGGUCUGUCAGGCUGAGGCUGAGCAGCUGUUCAAGGGUCUCCUGUCAAAGGCCUUUGAGAAUUACGAUAUGGAAAAUAUGAUCACAGCGUUCCUGAUCGCUCGUCAGGCUGCUCUGGAGGGCCCUGCCGUGUUCAUGCCUUACUCCGAGUGGUUCAAGGCUUCCUUUGGGAACGCUGGUGGUCACCACGGGAGCAGUAAGAAAGCCCUAGUCUUCCUCUUCGAGUUCCUGUCAGAGCUGGUGCCCUUUGAACCAGCACCGUACCUGAAGGUCCAUAUAAUGUACCCGCCUUUUGUGCCAACAAAGCACCGGUCUAUCCUCUUGGAGUACAUCACUCUGGCUAAAACCAGGCUGGCUGAUCUCAAGGUGGCUAUAGAAGACAUGGGGCUCUACGAAGACUUGUCGUCCACGGAUGAGUCCGUGCAGCCCCAGGGCCAGGCACUGCGCGACGUGGAAAAGGCCCUUCAGAUAUUUGAGAACACGCGGAAGAUCCCAACGUCUGUCAUAGAAGCCAGUAUUUUCAGGCGACCAUAUUAUACUUCCUGGUUCCUUCCUGCUUUGCUCAGGCCACGUGUGCUCCCUAAAGCCCCAGACGUGCGCAUGGCUUUUAUAGAGUCUUUAAAAAGAUCUGAUAAAAUACCCUCAAACUUGUACUCCACAUACCUGCAAGCCUGUCGUGCUAUGAAAGAGAAAACGUUACAAGAUGAAUCCCAAGUAGAGAGCAGCAACUCCAAAGAGCCUGUGGAGCAGCUGAAGGCUGAGCUGGCUGACCUGAGGAUGCUGGUUGUGGACCAAGCUAAAUCCGAAGAUGUGCCGGCACAGAUCGCAGUGAUUUCUGACAGACUCGCAAGCGUCCUGGGUCCCAGCAGUGAUGAGAAUGAAGCUGCUCCAUUGAAUUCUCCAAUCCCAGUUGACAUUUCUGCCCCCAGGCUGGAGCCCUGCCAUCAGAGUGUUGUUGAUCUUCUGCUGACAUCAUUCUGCCAGAACCUAAUAGCUGCUUCCUAUUUUAACCCUCCCGACAGGCAGGGACCAUGUCUCUCCUUGUUUGUGAAGAUGAUGUGUGGACACAGGAAUCUCCUACCGACCCUUCUGGGCAGGCUUUGCCAGCUUAUUUAUCACCAGGGUCCUUCCUUGAAGGAUGCUCACAUUUUAGGACUAGCAGCAUUUGUGAUCCACUUGAGUGAAUCCAGAGCUUUAAUUCCUGAAGUGGAAGUCAGGUUUGGGAUUUCCCAGCCUGUCCCCGAAAAGGUCCUAUCCAUUUCCGAGUACUGGAACUGCUUGCUAGUGUGUAGGACCCCAGAGUCAUUCGCCUUCUGCAUGAGGUUUUGCACUGCAGCAGCAUCUUAUCUUAUGUGCAAGUUUUCAUCCUAUUCUCGGGAAGAGUUGUGUGCCUUGCUUCCUCCCAGUCUUGUUAAAAAGCUGCAGUACAUCGUGCCACGGCUCUGCUUGGAAGCUCGGGGAAUCCUGCAUGAGGAGGGUAAAGCUGACAUAGUCUGGAGUUCCCUGUCGUGCCCCUCUCGGAACUACAAAAGAGCCAGCCUCUGCUUGUGGAAGCAAGCACGCUUUCAAGAGCUCUUGAAGGAAAAAACAUUCCAGUUGUCUUUCAGAGAGUGGCUGCUGUUGGAGCUGGAAGUGUACCCUGAGAAGGAUAUUCUCUCUGCUUUCGAAAGACAGGAUUUCCAUUACUGGGCUAUCUACCAAUGGUACCUUCCAGCCCCUUCUGCUUCUGGGGGCUGUGACGGAGACCUGGCGAAGGCCUGUGGCAUUAUCAUCAACGCCAUUCUGGAUUCCUCACAAAGGUUGGACCUCGGUGGCUGUGGCCAGUCGAAGAUGUCGGUCAAUCCCGAUAUCCUCUGCAAGCUGCAGGAGAUGGUGCUGGAGCUGCGGUGCAGGCGAAAGUUGCUUUCUGGCUGCUGGGAUGCCCAGAGACAUUUCCUGUUUGAGGUUCUCCAGGAGAGACUGAAAGACGGAAAAGACAGCUCUGCUUUGGGUGAGCGGCUACGGAGGCAGCAGGAGCUGCUGCUGCACCGAAGGAUUCUGGUGGGGCUCCCCACAUCCACCCUGAUCUUGGCAUGUCAAAAAGGAAAGAAAACAACGUUGGACUGUGAAGACUUUUUUUGUUUUGUAAACUCAGAGCUGAAGAACGUCUGUUCCAGAGGGUAUGCGCUCUCCUACGACAUCACCGCUCACUUCUUCAGGGGCCUGCUUAAUGCCAGCUUGGACUGUGAAGAACCGGCUGAAGGGGUCAACGAUGCUCUAAAAGCGUGUCAAACCAAAUGUCCCAUCGUGCUUCUCUCUGCAGCGCUUUGGUGGCCGCGGCUGGAGCCAGCACUUUGCUCUCAGUGGAAGAGACUCUUUGGGGCUCCGCUUGCAGCGGAACUGGAAAGGCUGAGGGCAUGGCAGUCCUCAGCUGCCAGCUUCCUCUCUUCAGGAGAGCUUUUCCCUCUCUCUGGCCCUCCCUGGAUGUCAGCUGCCUUCCUCCAUUGCACUGUUCAACGCCAGUCACCACGUGGACAAGAGAGAAAUGUGCUGAGGAGGCUGCGGACUGACACAGAGCAGCUUCUUGUUUCUCUGCUGUUCUUCUCGCUCAUGGAUCUCAUCUCAGCAAAAAUAGCACCAAAGGAAGGAGUGGAUUUUCAGAUGUCUCUGGAAUGGUCCCUGGAGAUCUUGCAGUGCCUGGAAGAGAGGGGCGCGUCCUGGCUGCUUCUCUUCCAGCCGGCAGAGGAAGACCCUGGAACAUACCACGUCCUGCACAGCGCAGCCUCGGGGCAUCAUGAGCAGCUGCGGUGUGUGCCCUUCUCUAGCCUCACCCCUCGCUUUGGCCAAGAGCUGCUGGCCCGAGAGCAGACCUUCCUCUGCGUGGCGCUCCGUCUGUACACCCAGCUGCUGCGGCUCUUUGCGGAAGGGACAGACCUGCUGCAGGCUGACCAAAGCGAUCCCUUGGAGGUGAUCUCCACGGCCCGGCGGUUCCUGCUCGGUGCUAUCCCACGAUGCCCUGCCCAGAGCUUUGGAAUGAUACAACCGCUCCUGGCUGCCUGCGAAGAACUUGACCCCGAGCUGGGAGCUGCCCUCCUGCACUUCUCGCGGCCCGCUGCGGCCAUGGAGCUGGACGAGGAGCCGCUCCUGUUCUGA